CUUGGCCGCUCUCUUGCAGACAGCGCAGCUCUUCUUCUGUUUGGAUCUGGACAAAUCUGUCUGCUUCAAAGCUUAUAGUGUUAUAGUAAAAGUUGGACUGAUCAGGAUACAGUGCAAGUAGUGGUUCAGAGAUGGACCAAAAGCUCUCCCAGCUGGUUGAAGAGCUCACAACCUCAGGAGAAACCCAACUGAAUCUAGAGAAGAUGAAAGAAUUCAAGAAAAUUUGCAAGUCUUCAGAUGAACAUAUUAACCAUGCAUAUCAUCUACUCAUGACACAGCUGAACAAAGAACAUGCUGAGAUACGUUUCUCAGCUUUUCAAAUUGUGGAUGAGUUGUUCACACGGUCACAUCAGUUCAGAGCAUUAAUUAUUUCAAAUUUUCAAGAGUUCUUGGAACUCACAGUGGAAACAGACCAUGAGCAGCCUCUUCCCCCGCCAAAAGAAGUAGCACACAAACUGAAAAAAGCAGCCAUUAAAUCAGUACAAGACUGGCAUGAGAAAUAUGGAGAGGCCUACAAGAUGCUUUCCCUGGGAUACCAUUUCUUAAAACAGAAUAAGAAGGUGGAUUUUCAAGAUGUAAAUGCCAGGACUCUCGCUGAAAGGAGAAGGGAAGAAGAGAAGCGAAAACGACUAGAGAACAUUAACAAAGAAAAGGUCAGAAGAGCUCAGGAAGAAAUGGCAGAAAUGUCCAAAGAAAUUCAAGACACACUGACAGAGAUGGAGAAUUGUUUCCGACUUUUGAUGCCGGAUCCAUUUGACUUCACUGUGAAUGACGCAGAGUUAGAACCUGUCAUAGAGAAGACUGCUAAUGAGGAGGAACCUGCUUCCAUAUCCAUGCAGCUAGCAGACUGCCAACCAUCUUCUCUCAGGCAUAUAGAUGAUGAACAGCCUUGUUGCAGCAAGGACCUUCCUUCAAUUUUACCAUGUUUAAAAGCUGAUAAAAAUGGAGACCUGAAUGAAGAACUGGAGAGAAGUGACCGGGGGGCACCAGAUGGAGAGGGAUGUUCAGAAGUUGAAUUAGCUGCUGCCACUGGUGAUGAUGACUAUGAAACAUUUGUUAGGAGUCACGGGCUUGGCUCUCAUAAAUAUACCCUUGACCUGGAAAUCUCCACAGAUAUAAAAGUUCGUGAGAAUGAAGGCAAUGCUGCCAUAAUAAACAGUAUUGUGGAUGCUCAUAAACUUAUUGUAAAUAAAUUCUUGCCCUCCGUGCAGUUGUGGAUUCAGUUGUUCACUCGAGCAGGAAUAAGUGAUGAUCGUUUAAGGUGUGCCAUUGAUCUUAAGAAUAAAUUAGAGACGGCUCUGGAGAAACAUAAGGACAUGAACAUUGACUAUAAAGAGAGGAAAAGAAAAGUGAUGAAAGUGUCAGAUGAUGAUGACGAUGAUGAAGAUGAAUUUGUGGAGGUCCCUGAGAAGGAAGGCUAUGAGCCCCGCAUUCCAGACCACCUGCGUAAGGAGUAUGGGCUAGAUCCACUGUUGCCUCCAAAACCAAUAGGAAAAAAACCAGCAGGGGGGUCAAGUUUUCUGAGCUCCCAGUCCCAGCCAAAAAGGAAUGAAGAGGAACUCGAUCCAACAUGUGCAGCGGCAACACUGAAACUUCUACGAGAUAAGCUACCUCAGUUCCCACUCCUAGACCCCAGUGUGUCUGCAAGUACUGAGCCAACAGCUUCAGGAGAGCCUGACAGUAAGGCAACAAAACAAGAAGAAGAGAGAGCUAAAGCUCCUAUCAUACCUUUUGGAUUAGAUCUUUACUACUGGGGACAGGACCAGCCAACUGCUGGGAAGAUUCUCAAAUUUUCCUCUCAGCAUCGGUUUUGGGCCCCCAGUGAUUUGGAGGAAGAGGUGGAAAAUAAAGAAGUAUCCGAAAUGUUAAAAACCAGAUAUAUAACAUUUGCUGGCAAGUUUGAACCAGUGAAACAUAAAUGCCGAGCGCCAAUGCCUGAUGGAAGUCUAUGUGAAAGACAAGAUAGGAUUAAGUGCCCUUUCCAUGGAAAGAUAAUCCCUCGGGAUGAAUCCGGGAAUCCUGUUAAUCCAGAGGACAAAGCCAGAGAAGAAAAGCAGCGGUUUGAGAAGCAAGCACAACAGCCAGAAUGGCAAGACCCAGAAUUUAUGAGAGAGGUUGAAGCAGCUGUUGGAGUGGAUCUUGGAUCUUCUAGAUACAGUGGAAAAGGGAAAAAGAAAGGAAAAAAGAAGAAAUACCCAAAUCUGACUGACUUGAAACAGCAGGCUAACACAUCUCGUUCCCGGCUUGAGAAAAAAGUCUUCAACAAAGAGGCUAUGAAGCGAGUGGUGAAAGCAAUGAAUCGAAUGGACGGAAAAAAGCAUGAGAAGUUUGCAAACCAGUUUAACUACGCAUUGAAUUAAAUCACAAUAAGACAGGACCAAAAGGAGGAUUAACAAGACUGCAACUAUACAAAACACUUCACAAAGGCCUUUAUAUUCCAAGUAAAAUAUUGUGCUAUAUAUAUAUAUUAAUGGGGUUAUUUUUUAAUUAGUGUCAACUUCUGGUAACUUAAUAUUUGAUAAUGAACAUGGAUUUUAGUAAAGACAUGGCUGUACAUAAUUGUAUGCAUUUAACAAAUUGAUAAGUACUUGAAACUUACAUUAAAUGGAACAAGCUUUAUGGCCUCUACAUAUUCUAAUUAAAAUGCUGAGAUGUUCUUGUCUUAAU